AUGUCUUCUUUCUCCAAAAACUUUAACAUAUCCUCCUUUCUUUACUGCAUCCUUUGUGCUAAUUUUCUGUUGUGCUGCCUCCCGUUCUCCGUAGCCGGGAACAACGAAACAGACAGGUUAGCGUUGCUCGAAAUUAAGGCCAAAAUAACACUCGACCCUCUCGGCGUGAUGAGCUCAUGGAAUGACACCCUCCACUUUUGCGAGUGGUACGGUGUUACUUGUGGCCGCAGGCACCAGAGAGUGACGAUACUUGACCUACAAUCCUCAAAACUGACAGGUAUCAUUUCUCCUCAUCUUGGUAACUUGAGCUUCCUCACGAAGUUACACCUUCAAAAUAACAGUUUUGGUGGCACAAUUCCUCUUCAAAUCAAUCGUUUGCAUAGGUUACAAACUCUAUGGCUGUUUAAUAAUUCCAUUACAGGGGAAAUUCCGUCAAACAUAUCAAGUUGCUAUAGCCUUAUUCAGAUAGGUCUUGAAAAUAAUAGGUUGAUGGGAGAAAUACCACCAACGCUUGGUUCCCUGGCAUAUUUGCAACAUCUUUCUAUAGGAGGGAACAACUUGAUUGGUAAUAUUCCUUCAUCUUUGGGGAACUUAUCAUCUUUGUCUACACUCUCCUUAAGUGAAAACAGAUUGGCAGGAAGAAUUCCUGAUAACCUGGGGAAACUAAGUAAUAUGAUCGAAUUGUAUUUAUCUGUCAAUAAGUUAUCUGGAGUAACCCCACCCUCAAUCUUUAACCUCUCUUUACUAACACACUUAGAUUUAGGUCAGAAUGACUUGAAAGGAAACCUACCUUCAGAUUUAGGCAACACACUUCCAAAACUUCAAAGGUUCUCUAUAGCUUCAAAUAGGUUCACUGGACAUAUUCCAGCUUCGAUAUCCAAUUCUUCAAACCUAGUAAUUCUUAGGUUGCCCGAGAACAAUCUCCGAGGACAAGUUCCUUCUUUGCACAAGUUAACAAGGCUUACUUGCCUUGUCCUACACACUAACUCCCUUGGGUAUGGCCAAGCUCAAGAUUUGAACUUUGUUUUAUCCUUGCCUAACGCCACCAAUUUUCGAGCCCUUGAGAUAGGUGAAAAUAACUUCAAAGGAGUCUUCCCUAAAACCAUUUGCAAUUUUUCUUCUCUAGCCGAUUUCCAACUAAGGAAUAACAACAUAGCUGGAGAAAUUCCAGGUUGCGUUGAAAAUUUAGCAACAUUGCAAUUCCUUGAUGCUGGUAACAAUGCACUUUCUGGCGUCAUUCCUCAAGGCAUUGGGAAGCUCCAAAACCUUCAGAACUUAUAUCUAGAUGGGAACCAAAUAUCCGGGGUCAUUCCAACCUCAGUUGGAAACUUAACUAAGAUAUCUGUUUUAACGCUUUCAAACAAUAGAUUAGAAGGCCAAAUACCAUCAUCUCUUGGAAAUUGUAUAUCGUUAAAUGAACUAUAUCUUUCUAAUAACAGUCUUAGGAAGAGCAUACCCCCACAACUUUUUAAUCUACCUGUCUUAUCUAUCACACUCGAUUUAUCUGGAAACCACCUGACUGGGUCUCUGCCUGAAGAAGUUGGGAGACUGACUAAUCUUGACGCCCUUGAUCUUUCUCAAAACAUGUUAUCAGGUCAGAUACCAAGCUCUCUUGGUGGUUGUGUGUCGUUAGAGUUCUUACACAUGGGGGGAAACCAUUUCCAGGGCACCAUUCCUGAUUCAUUGCAGGCAUUAAAGGGUCUCCUUGUAUUAAAUUUGUCAUACAACAAUUUCUCCGGAGGAAUCCCAAACUAUUUACAGAGCUUCAAGUUGCAAAGCCUAGAUUUAUCCAACAAUAACCUUGAAGGUGAAGUACCUGGUGAUGGAGUCUUUAGUAAUGGAAGUGGUAUUUACAUAAGUAGAAACACUAGGCUUUGUGGAGGCAUGCCUGAACUAAAGUUGCCCCGAUGUAGUUUAAGCAGCAACACCCAAAGAAGAAAAUCAGAGAACAGGAAGAAAAUAUUGGCAGUUGCAAUUCUUUCUGGGUGUUUUGGAGUUAUACUGCUACUGGUUGUUCUUGUGUUAUUAUAUACUUUCAGACACAGAAAGAGGACUAAGAAACCGACAGCUUCGGAUGAUUCAGAAAAUUUUCCAAGUUUGUCUUAUCAAACCCUUCUUAAAGCCACAAAUGGGUUUUCCUCCGAAUGUUUGAUUGGCAGUGGUACAUUUGGUGUUGUGUACAAGGGGGUACUUGAUGAGGAUGAAUCUACUGUUGCCAUCAAGGUGUUUAAACUUCAAAAUCAUGGUGCUACCAAGAGUUUUAUGGCUGAAUGUGGGGUCCUCCGCAGCAUCCGGCACCGGAAUCUUCUGAAAGUUGGAACAGCUUGUUCAAGUGUGGAUUAUCAAGGCAGAGAUUUCAAGGCUUUAGUUUAUGAGUACAUGGUGAAUGGGAGUUUGGAUGAUUGGUUGCAUCCUGCAUAUUCAAUCACUGGAAUAGAGGAAGCAAAUAAUAUGUCAAGGCACUUAAAUCUUCUCAAAAGAAUUGAUAUAGCAGUUGAUGUUGCAUUUGCGUUGGAUUAUCUACACUACCAUUGUGGUGCCUCCAUAGUUCAUUGUGACCUCAAGCCGAGCAAUAUACUUCUUGAUGAUGAAAUGGUGGCACAUGUUGGUGACUUUGGCCUAGCCAAGUUCCUCUUGAAAUUCAACAGUGGCGACUCAAACUCCAAUCAGUCUAGCUCUGUUGGAGUGAGAGGUACAAUCGGUUAUGCUCCUCCAGAGUAUGGUUUGGGGAAUGAGGUGUCUACCAGCGGCAAUGUGUAUAGUUUCGGGAUCCUAUUACUGGAAAUGAUAACAGGAAAGAGGCCUACUAAUGACAUGUUCAAGGGUGGGCUAAGCUUACAUGGCUUUGUCAAAGAAGCUCUGCCUGGAAAUGUAAUGGAGAUUCUAGAUCAUGUACUUCUUGAAGACAUAGAUAGUGAGGAGACGGAUAGCAACUUAAUGUUUGAGGCACUGAUUUCUAUACUUGGAUUAGCACUCUCCUGCUCAACUGAGUUCCCACGAGAAAGGUUGGAAAUGAGUGAUGUUGCUGCAAAGCUAUCAUCAAUCAGAAACAAGCUCCUUGGAACUCGUUUACAACAAAGGAGGAGAAUUCAAGCAGGAACACGAGGGUGAUCAAUGUUUAACCAAUUUCAGCUUCCAUGAGCAUGAUUGUGACAUGGUGGCUCUGAAGAAAGAUUAGCUCAUAUGCUUCAGUUACUUCACUUUAAAAGGUUAAUAUUUUUUUCAUAUGCUCA